UACUGGCCUCCAGCUUGUUUCAAUAUUAGUGUAAACUGUAAAGUCCAGGUAAUGUAGGUAAAAUAUAAACAAAUGUUGGCACAAACUGGAUCAGAGCUUCACAUCUAUUUUUUUAGAAUUGCACAAACUGCACAUGAACAAACACUAAAGAACUUAACUUUGUUUUUAGUUUUAUAUCAACCAGGCACCUGCGAGCUCUGGAACUGAACAGAAAAAAAACAAAAAGUUGUACAGUUGUCAUUCACUGAAGAAACAAGCCAACCUGGACUGAUAGCAGCCCACCCCCAUUCAGCCCAACCUUGGCCUGCCUUUAUUUUUUGUUUCCUCUGGCAGCCCCUAGUCCUUCCAGCUGUUGUUGUGCUCCCUGAGAAGGGGGGCUUGCUCAUGGCUACAGUGUGCUUCAUUGAAACUAAUCUUCUCAGCAGGGAAACAAUGUCUCUCUGCCGCAGUGUUUACACUGAAAGCUGCAGUUGUGCAACAAUAUCCUGAUGAACCCAAAGUAUUCCCACAUGAUACCUGAUCCCAAGCUGUCCUGUUUGUGUACUGGCCAGUUUGCAGGGGAGGGAUGUUUCCUGGAAAUGCCCUGGGAUCAUUGGGCCUGUGUCCAGCCAAACUCUGCUCCCCCCCAAAAGAACAGGAGGCUGGGCUGAGCUGCCUUACAUCCACACUAUCCUGUGUGCAGGCCUGGCUGCUGGAGCCGGGGACCUAGCGAACAACUGCCAGCUUUGUGCAUCCUGGUGGAGGAUGGGGUUACUAGGCAAAUUGUGCCUUGUGCUGCUCGCUUCCACUCUCCUGGCUGCCACUCUUGCUGAGGGACGCACGUUUUUAUCUCCUCAGUAUGCCUCAGAGUUCCUCAGUCGUAAACGCCGGGCCAAUUCAUUUCUUGAAGAGAGCAAAGAAGGGAACUUAGAAAGAGAAUGCAUAGAGGAACUGUGUAAUAAAGAAGAAGCCAGGGAGAUUUUUGAAAAUGUACCUGAAACGGAAUAUUUUUACCCAAAAUAUUUAGCCUGCCUCGAUGCCAACCGCAGCAAGAUGAGUUAUUUGAAUUUCGAUGGUCCCGUUGAUCUGAGAGCCUGUGUUAAUGCACUUCCAGAUCAGUGCACUCCCUUGCCAUGUAAUAAGGAAAGAUACAAAGAGUGUGUAGAUGGGAAAGGAAAUUUUACUUGUAUUUGUAAAACAGGAUUUCAAGGACCACUUUGUGAUGAAGAUAUCAAUGAAUGUGAGGACCCAGUGAAACCCAGUGGAGGAUGUAAUCAAAAAUGCCUCAACUUGCCUGGAAGUUAUCGCUGUGCCUGUGAAGAUGGUCAUUACUUGCUGCCCAACAAACACACAUGCAGUGACAUAAAUGAGUGUGAAAUGUUUCCAAACAUCUGUGGGAGUGCAGUCUGCAAAAACACCCCCGGGAAGUAUGAGUGUGAGUGUGACAAUGGCUAUAAAUACAACAAUUCCACUAAAGCCUGUGAAGACAUUGAUGAAUGUGCUGAAAGGUCGUGCAGUCAAAUCUGCGUGAAUAGCCCUGGAAGUUACAGUUGCUAUUGUGAUGGCAGAAGGAAAUAUAAGCUGGCUCAGGACAAGAGCUCUUGUGAGAGUAUUCCUGUUUGUGUCCCGCUUAAUCUUGAAACAAAUUAUGAGCUGCUGUACCUGGCUGAACAGUUUUCAGGCAUACCAGUAGUGUAUUUACGAUUCAAACUGCCCGAUGUUAGUCGCUUUUCGGCUGAAUUCGACUUCCGAACAUACGACGGAGAGGGUGUUAUUUUGUAUGCAGAGUCUACCGAUAGAACGUCAUGGUUGCUGCUUGCUCUCCGUGAUGGGAAGAUUGAAAUUCAGUUCAAGAACGAACUGUGGACCAAAGUAACAACUGGCGGCAAGGCAAUCAAUAAUGGGGAGUGGCAUAUUAUAACUGUGGAAGAGCUGGAGAACAUCAUCAGUGUGAAAAUAGCAAAAGAAGCCGUAAUGAACAUCAAUAACCCAAAAAGCCUCUUCAAACCCACAAAUGGUGUUUUGGAAACCAAAGUCUUCAUUGCAGGAUUGCCCAGGAAAAUGGAAAAUAUCAUUAAACCGAUUAACCCGCGGUUAGAUGGUUGCAUACGGGGAUGGAACUUGAUGAAUCAGGGAGCUUUGGGAGUAAAGGAAGUUAUUCAAGGAAAACAGAGCAAACAUUGUUUGGUGUCUGUGGAAAGUGGUUCCUACUAUCCUGGAGGUGGAGUGGCCCAUUUUAUAAUAAAUUAUAAUACUUCAACAACUGGCGAGUGGGCAGCGAAUAUCACCUUGAAUAUCAGAUCAUCAACUGGAAUUGGAGUCAUGUUUUCUCUGGUGAAUGGUGAGACCGUGCCUCUUGCUGUAGCUAUUGAGGAUCUGGCGUCUGACUUCCUACAGGGCAUUGUGGUCAACAUACAUAGUGUCACUGUCGCAAGUCUGACAACAAAAAGAAUAUGUACAGACAAAAACUUUCUACUAAGUGUGAGCAUCACAAAAAACUCGCUCGUGCUAACAGCUAAUUCCUACACCGAAAUUACUUAUGCAAGCCAAGUGGAACUGGAUAAGCAACUCUCCACCCUGGACCAGGCAAUGCAAGAGAAUCCUGAUACUUAUUUAGGAGGAAUUCCAGCAGAUAUCCCUGUGACGGCUACUCCAGUCUCUGCUCACUACGUUGGCUGCAUGGACGUGACUAUCAAUAACGAACUGAUGGAUUUGGAUGGAGCUGUUUCUAAGCAAAACGAUAUCCGAUCACAUUCCUGUCCUCUUAUUUUAUAGUUUUCUGCAUCAUAUUUUAUGCAUUUAGUAAGCACUACUGGGCAACCAAACUAUAUUAUUAUUAUUAUUUUGUGAUGGAUGAGAUGUGCCUGUGCAUAUAAUCUAUUUUUAUUAUGAUGUGAAUUAGUGCCUAGACAAAUGAUAUGUUUAUAUUUAAGGCAUUAGGGAAUUUAUUCAACAGUUAUUAUAUUUCAGGAAAAGAC